UGGGUUUCCAGUCCUCAUCAAUCGUCCUUUCUUUGUGGGUUUCAACGUCACUGACGUUUUUGCUCCCACAUUAGUUUUGGCAUUUGUGUUUGCAUUUCCGUCCAUCAUAUCGCCAUUCAGAUUCCAAUACUGCAAGCACUCACUUCCGAAUAAACUGAUGGAUCAGAUACGGAAUUAUUUUUAACGAUUUCUAACUGGUUUUUUUUUUUUUUUUUAAUAUAUGAACUUACUUCGAAUUGGAUCAAAUCCAGUUGAACACUGAAGGAGAACAUGGCAUACUAGAACCAUCCAGGUUUUGAAGUCUACAAGCCCAUUUUCUCUGUGGGCUUUUAUAGUAAUCUAUUUUUUUUUUUCAAAUUCGGGAAAAUUUCUACGUAUUUAAACAUGGCAGCUGAAACCAGAAGUUAGCAGGGCCGAUGCGUCUUCCUCCUGAAAGUCGGUCCUUCUUAGAAGAAAUAAUCAAACACACUCAACAGAAGAGCCUCCGAGAAGGCCGGGCUUUGCACGCUCAAAUCAUCAAAGCUAAUAAAUCUUCAUGCACAUUUCUUGCAAACAGUCUUGUCAAUUUUUACGCUAAGUGCGGUCAGUUAACAAAAGCCAACCUUGUAUUCGAAUACAUACAAAACAAAGACGUUGUCUCAUGGAAUUGUCUCAUCAACGGUUACUCUCAACAGGGUCCCGCCGGGUCCUCCUCCGUGAUGAAGCUUUUCCAACAGAUGAGAUCAGAGAACGUCUUCCCAAAUGCCCACACUUUCACAGGUGUCUUUACAGCCGUGUCGUGUGUAUCCGAUGUCUUUUAUGGUCAGCAAGCUCACAUGCUUGCGAUCAAAACGUCUUGCUUUUAUGACGUUUUUGUGGGGAGUUCUCUUAUCAAUAUGUAUUGCAAGGCUGGUCUUGUAGUGGAAGCUCGCAAGAUGUUUGAUAAGAUGCCGGAAAGAAAUUCCAUUUCGUGGGCUACAAUGGUUUCUGGGUAUGCAUUGCAACGAAUGGCGAUUGAGGCUUUGGGCCUUUUUAAAUUGAUGCGUAGAGAAGAUGAGAGUGAGAAUGAAUUCGUGUUUACUAGCGUUCUCAGCGGUUUGGCUGCUCCAGACUUUGUUGAUAGCGGAAAGCAAAUACAUUGUCUCGCAUUUAAAAAUGGGUUGUCUGAGAUUGUUUCUGUUUCCAACGCCCUUGUUACCAUGUAUGCAAAAUGUGGGAGCUUGGAUGAUUCACUGAGGACGUUUGAAUUGUCAGGUGAUAAGAAUUCUAUCACGUGGUCAGCCAUGAUCACCGGUUAUGCCCAGAGUGGGGAUUCUGAUGAGGCCUUGGAGUUGUUUUCUAAUAUGCAUUCUAAUGAAAUUAAGCCUAGUGAGUUUACCUUUGUUGGGAUCCUUAAUGCUUGUAGUGACGCUGCUGCCCUUGAAGAAGGAAAGCAAGUGCAUGAUUAUUUGUUAAAGCUGGGAUUUGAAUCUCAAAUAUUUAUUCUCACCGCUUUGGUUGAUAUGUAUGCAAAAUGUGGUAGCAUUGUUGAUGCUCGGAAGGGGUUUGAUUAUUUACAAGAACCAGAUAUUGUUUUAUGGACUUCAAUGAUUGGAGGUUAUGUACAAAACGGGGAAAAUGAAGAGGCUCUAAGUACGUAUGCUAAGAUGCAGGCUCAAGGGAUUUUCCCUAAUGAACUAACAAUGGCCAGUGUCCUCAAAGCGUGUUCCAACCUUGCUGCUUUGGACCAAGGAAAGCAAGUUCAUGCCCGUACUGUCAAGUAUGGAAUUAGUUUAGAACUUUCAAUUGGAAGUGCUCUUUCAAGCAUGUAUUCAAAGUGUGGGAGUUUGGAAGAUGGGAACCUUGUCUUUAGGAGGAUGACUGUUAGGGAUAUUGUGUCAUGGAAUGCAAUGAUAUCUGGGCUUUCUCAAAAUGGACAUGGUAAUGAAGCUUUAGGACUCUUUGAAGAGAUGCUAGUGGAAGGUACAAAGCCAGACUAUGUAACAUUUGUGAACAUUCUCUCUGCUUGUAGCCACAUGGGCUUGGUAGAGAGAGGCUGGUUUUAUUUCAACAUGAUGUCCAGUAAUUUCGGCAUUGUUCCAAGAGUAGAGCAUUAUGCUUGCAUGGUUGAUAUUCUGAGCCGUGCUGGAAAACUCAAUGAAGCUAAAGAGGUCAUUGACUCAGCUCCCAUCGAUCAUGGGAUGUGUUUAUGGCGAAUUUUGUUAAGCGCUUGUCGAAACUAUCGUCAUUAUGAGCUAGGUGCCCAUGCUGGAGAGAAGCUAAUGGAGUUGGGAUCACAAGAAUCAUCUGUGUAUGUGUUACUGUCAAGCAUUUACACUGCAUUGGGGAAGUUGGAAGAUGUGGAACGGGUGAGGAGGAUGAUGAAACUUCGAGGUGUGACUAAGGAGCCUGGGUGUAGCUGGAUUGAAAUUAAGAGUCAGGUCCAUGUGUUUGUUGUUGGAGAUCAAAUGCAUCCCAAGAUUGGAGAUAUACGGGCAGAGAUUAGAAGGUUAUGCAAGCAAAUGAAGGAUGAAGAUGAAGGAUACGACUCUCUACUGAUUUAGUUUUGUGACAUCUUGGAUUUGAGAUGGGUGGGAGUGUUUGAAGUAAAACAUAUACCUCAUUUGUAGUCAGUCAAAAACAGUAAGAGCAACAAAAUUUUUAACCUCUUGAUACAUCAUUCUUCAUCAAAUUUGUAGGAGUAAUUCUGGGUGUUCUAACAAAAUAAUACUUAGAUACUAA